AUGUCCUCAAACAAAUCAUCACAAAGUCUCCGAACCGAAGUCUCCAAACUAGCAAGACUCUCCAACAUCCAGGGAGGUUUGCCACCCCUCAUGAGAGGUCUCCCAGUGCUUGCAAUAAUGGCCGGAGGGGCUUUAGCAAAAGCAACAGAUGGCCAGACCAUGGUCGAAGAGCGAAUGCUUGGGGCGGACGAAGUCUUUGAGUUGCAGAGUCCACAAAUAACUACGCAGGUCUCUGUGGUGAAAGAGAUUGGAAGGCCUGGAGUUAAUAUGAUGUGCCGGGCUUGUGGCCAGAAGAUAGACGGAAGUCUCAUGCCACGACCUGAUAUUCUCAAAACACAGAAUAUACUUUUCAGGGGGGUUAACCAAAGGAGAUAG